GAACCGUCUCGAAUUUCCACGACGUCGUAUCCUAGAGCAACAUGAAGGUUUUCAUUCUGAUUUUUAUCUUGGUGGUUGGAGCUAUGGCUUCCAGAGAAUUGCGCUCUUGCAACUCCUGCGGGAUGGAGUGUGAGAACGCCUGCGGUACCAGGAACUUCAAGACGUGCUGCUUCAACUACAUGAAGAAGCGCAGCGAUCUCUCCGAACCGUUGCCUCUCGCACUGGAUCCGAGCCUUCGCCUGGAGCUUUGGCUCGCCAAGUCCAGGUCUCCUCUGUAUCAGCGGUACUACGAAUCGAUGCCCCAGGUGCAGGAGUCCAGAGAGCAGAGCAGAUCCUCCAACUAAUUAUACAACAAAAAAAUCAAUUUAUUUCCAAUGCAUUUACACUUAAUUAGAUGUUUUCAGGCUGGAUAUUAAAUUUAUUCACAUAGACACACAACUAGUUUCUCUUCAUGAU